AUGGCCUGUCCCAUCAGUGUCAGCAAGUUCGUUGGCACCGUGUCCCUCGGCCUGCUUACGGGCCUCUCCUACUCAACCUCAGCAAUCACCAUCCCCGCCCUUCAGCUCCUUCCCACGGCAACCACAGCCGCCCGCUCCCUCAACGAAGUCAAGCGCCUGAGUCGCCGCUACGCCCUCCGUCUCUCCUUCCUGACCAACUCCUGCUUCUGCUUCGCAUGGUGUCUUUCCUCCCCACGUCGCCGACACCCCUACAUGGUCUGGCUGUGGGCCUUCUCUACCCUUAGUGCGCACGGCGUGGACUUCUGGUUCAACCGCCACCUCGGCUUCAAGAACUGGGUUUCCACGGUUAUCCGGGAUGUGUCGCAUUUCUCAUUGACGGAGGCUAAGAAGGAUGAGGAUCUGGUGGUGGUUGAGACUGAGGAUGAGGUCAAUGGGGAGACUGUGCAGCGUGAGAUGGGACGGGAGCGAAACUUGCACCGUGUGCGCGCUUGGUUGUCGGGCAUUGCCCUGUCCAUUGGCAUUGUUGGGCUUUGGGGGGAUAAGCUCUACAUCCUCUUCCAGAUCACCAAAUCUCUUCUAUCUCCCUUGAGAUCCAUCCCAGGUCCCUUCUGGGCACGCUUCAGCAACCUCUGGUACUUCAACCGUCUCCGGAAGGGCCGCUUCGAGCACGAAAACAUCGCUCUACAUCAGGAAUAUGGCCCCAUCGUCCGUCUAGGUCCAAACCACUACAGCAUCAGUGAUGCCACGUCCGUGAAAAAGAUCUACGGCCCAGGCUCCAAGUUCGCCAAGUCGGCUUGGUAUGAUUCCUGGAAACAUCCUGCACAGUGGACGGUCUUUUCCGACCGGGAUAUCAAGAGACAUUCCGAAACCAGGAAACGUUUCACCAGCUUAUAUUCCAUGACCUCACUCGUCCACUACGAGCCGUUCGUGGACCACUGUGCAGAUUUAUUCUCCGAGCGACUCAACGAUUUUGCAGAGAAUGGUAAAAUAUUCGAUCUCGGCUAUUGGUUCCAGUGCUAUGCCUUUGACGUGAUAGGCAAUAUCACGUUCGGAGAACGAUUUGGUAUGUCUUUAGAUCUAGGUUACAAGCACAAGCUAAUGGAUACAGGGUUCCUGGACGAAGGUCGCGAUAUUAACGGGGCCAUCUCGGCCUUGCACAGGGUUAUCAUGCAUAGUACUCUCAUCGGCGUGUAUCCAGAAUGGCACCCGCGGCUAUUUGGAAUACUCAGCAAAUUCAAAUCAUCCGGUGCAGGGGGGCGGGCAUACUUUAUCAAAUUCGUGCAAGAAAAGCUCAAACUGCGUGAUAAAGUGGGUGUCGAAUCUGAGGGACGGACCGAAGAUUUUGUUGAAAAGAUGAUGAUUGCCCGCGCCAAAGACCCCGAGAAAGUCACGGAUUAUCAUCUCUUCAUAAUGGGCCAGUCAAAUGUCAUGGCAGGUUCAGAUACCACGGCAAUCAGUCUCUCGGCUAUAAUGUGGCAUCUAUUAAACUACCCCGACACACUACGAAAGCUGCGCGAUGAACUAGACGAGUUCACGUCACAAGGACGAUGCGGUGCAUCUCCCAGUUUCAAAGAAACUCAGGAAAUGCCCUACUUCCAAGCUGUCAUUAAAGAGGCACUGAGAAUGCAUGCGGCAACAGGUCUUCCUAUGUGGAGAACCGUUCCAGAAGGUGGUGCUGAGAUCCACGGCCGGUUCAUGUCUGAGGGGACCGUUGUCGGUAUCAAUACUUGGGUUGCGCAUUAUGAUGAGUCUGUUUUCCCUGAUGCGAGGACUUUCAGGCCGGAGAGGUGGAUUGAAGCUGAGAGUUGGCCAGAGAAGCUGAAAGAAAUGAAUCAGAUGUAUAUGCCGUUUGGUCUCGGGUCGAGAACUUGUCUUGGAAAACAUAUCUCGAUUCUUGAAAUGUCAAAGGUGAUUCCUCGGCUGGUGCAGGAAUUCGACUUCGUUCCCUUGAGGAAGACGUGGCGAACGGAGAACUUCUGGUUCGUCAAGCCUGUUGACUUUGAGGUCCAGGUUCAACGACGUAUUCAAAAGUCAUGA